CCAGACAGACAGUAUUUCUAUUUACGGCAAAUAAUGUAUUACUUGAAAUAACACACCGAGCGAGAGAUGUUAAUGAAUAAAGCGAAAAUGGAGUACAUGUUUGUAUCGUUGUCAUAUUACUCAAAGAGUGGUUUUGAGAACGUCAGUAAACUGAACAUUGGAGAACCAAAUCUUCAUUGGAGCGAUUGCCAAGCGACAGGCUGACCAAACACAGAAAGAGUGAAUGUGAUUAUGGCACCGUUCACCAUUUGCCCAGCUCACCCACUAUCCCAUCAGGCAGCUUUAUACAUGCAAUCCAAAAUGAGUCCAGAGUUGUCAUCCAAUACCCUGGGAAGGCAUGAAAAUCUACCCCUCAGUCUCUAUGGUGGAAUGUCCAUCUUCUCAAUGCUACUAAAGAACAAACUCUAUCUGUGGCAGGUCAUCCGGAGAGUUGUGAUCUGUUGUAUGGGUGUGACAGAGCUUUUCAGAUACAAGAUUCCUUUCUUCAUUUGUGUGGGAAAAAACAUGACCAUGACAGGCAAGUUGAAGACCCGAGGUGUGGAGGCCCAGGAGAGGCCUGGCUGGGAAUUUAGUGUUAUCAACACUAAUAAGGAGAUGAAAGAUCCAGAGAUGAGAGCCAUAGUGGAGCUAGAUGAUGAAGAAUUGACCCGGCCUGCUGAAAAGCAAGAAUCGUCUGUGAAUGAUUUGGAUGAGGAGGAGGAUGAUGAAGAACACAACCUCUCAGAAUGGCUGGAAUGGGAGUCUGAAGAAGAAAUUGAAGAAGUUAAUGAUAAUGAAGAUGAUGAUGAUGAGGAGGAAGACGAUGAGGACAAUGAAGAGCACGCUCCACAAGAGGAAGAUUGUGAAUCAGAGCGUGAUGAGAAUGUGGAUUCUGAAUGGUCAGAUGAUGAUGAUGAGGAUGAUGAGGGUGAUUCAGAGGCAUCAACGGAGAGCCUUGAGCUCUGGGAAUCUUUUCUCAACAGCAGUGACCCCUACAACCCUCUGAGCUUCUCCUCCUCCACUGGAUCUAGAACAAACUCUGCAAGCACAUCCCAGAACCAGCUAACCCUGUGUUCACAAAUCAAACAAGUUAAGCAUUCAACAUCAAAGGCAGCUGAAGAGCAUCAUCCGAAACAAAGCACAAAGGAGGGUGGGAAGAAGGUAUGUUUCAGUGAUGAGGUGACUGUACAUCCCCUGGUGGUAUGGAGUUUCGCUAGCAGGGCAGCACGGGAUGGGUCUUGUUGGUUGCAGAUGGCCAGAGAUAGAGCACGCUUUAAAAGAAGAGUGGAGAAUAUUGAGACGGUCAUCAAACCCUGCCUGACACCUGAACACAGAGCCAGCGUUUGGGAGAUGCUUCAAAGAGAAACACUGUCAGCCUAGAUUAUUAUUACAUUAUAAAGUGAAGUAGCUGUCUAGAUGUUUGGAAUACUGUAAUCUAUGGUGCUUUUAAUCUCAAACAACUGAAUGUUUUUGUUUGUAAUGUGAUAAUAUAUUGUGGUGUAAUUUUUAUACAUUUUUGUUUCAUGCGAGUUUCAUGUUCUAUGUUUUGCACUUUUAUACUUAAUUUAUACUACAAAACACUGUGUAUGUCUUAAAAUACUGUAUAUUUUUUGUAGCAACUGACAAUUUAUUAAACAUCCACCAAUU